CUCUCAUUCACUUCUCAUUCACUCAUUCAUUAUUUAUUCUUCAUCUUUUUACACACCAUUGUUACACACUAUCCUUGCCACUUACUCACUUCACAUACAAGACAUUCGCAGUCACCUCAGCCUUGGUUACCGUAGUUGAUACUUGCCCGUCCCUCUCCCCAACCCAUCUUCGCCCAAACUGCCUUACUCUCUCUUCUUGCUCCUUCCUUCAUUUUCCUUUCCUUCCAUCCAUUCAUCCUCCUUGUGCUUUUGACUCUUCAAUACUCUCGUCCUGCAAAAUAAAAUCUUACAUUUGUCAUACAUUCAUAACUACAUCUUUAUUAAAAUGUCGUCAACAUCCAAUACCAACAAAAAUUCACACCGCUCUCGGGCAUCACCAGCAUUUUAUUUUCCAGAUACUGCAGACUAUCAUGAACCGGGCUUCUCAUCCACAGGCUCACCUAGGCUACAAAUACUGAGUGGCACAGGGUCACCUUGCGGUGAAGGCUCAUGGAUUUCUCUCUCUGCUAAGGAGCUUCUUGAAGAAGAUUACUCUGAGAUUGAGUACUCUGAUAUGGAUGGUGAGGACGACAUGAUCUACGAUACACCCCCUUAUUAUCAUUAUGAAGAUGAACACUCACAUCAACAGCAUCCAUAUCCAUACCAGUAUCGUCAUCAGCAACAACAACUCCAACAUCAGCAGCAACAGCAGCCGCCAUCACAAUCCCAUCCGCAACAGAUACACCAGGGCAGGUCCUUCGCCUUUACUGCGAAAGGAGAUUACACAAGCUUCCCCUCUUCAUCAUCCGCAUCGUCGUCACAUCAUUCCUUACAGGAGCAAGAGCAAGUAGAAGAAGCACUUCGCGCAAGCCUGUCAACUUUACUAGCUGCAGGUCCCAGGCCUAGCUUCAAGCAACGGCGACGACGUCCUCAAAAGAUAUAUACUGUUGACACUCGCUCUCAGCGCUCUUCGCCCCUCGUGCCUGCAUCUCCUACCCAUCUGUAUUACUCGACUACAACUUCGCCUCAUCUACGACCCUCUAACCCAGAGUCCAUCCUAGGUGACUUGUCUCCAAAUUACUUUCACGGGUCCUUCACCCCAUGUUCCUCAAGAGAAUAUGAUAGUACUUCCUCCGAUUCAGAGGCAACACGCAAACAAAAGGCUUCCUACCGCCGACGAGGAAUACUGCUUGCUGAACAAUAUACACGUGAUCAUUACUAUGAGAUCGAGUCAACAACCCUCAACAGUAAUGACCCAUCCUCACCAACGGCACCCUUUUCAGGCAGUACCACGCCUCUUCGGUCGCCACCACAAUGCCAGGCAAACACAUCUAAACCUCUGCCUUCCGAUGCUGUCGCUAACAAUGUUCUUCAGGGCCCUUCUUCGUUGCGUGCUAAAGAAUUUGCGUCAUGGAGUGUCAAGGCACGGUCGAUAUUGGAUCGUACUUCUAAGGAGCAAUCGUUCAAUCUAGGCGAAGGAUGCGCCCCUUCAUCUUCAUCCUCAUGGUCAUCUUCACCACAUACUUCACCAUCAGCAUCUGGGUCGUCAACUCCAGUAAGGAUAAGGCGGAGACGUUGUCCUAUUCCUGAACCUCACCAAGGAUUCUUUUCUAGAGCAUUGGAUCAACGUUCAUUGGCCUCGCAUGUCUCAGUAUCAAGGCUCGGCAUGGGUGGAACGCUCUACCCUCCUAUCCAUGUGGGUCUCCACACAGGAAUGCUAAUUCGUGGGUCAUCACCCUUACGACCCUCUGGAGGACCAUCGCCGCCGUCUUUUACACCCAACUCCCCGACACAGCAGCACGCCAACAGUUUCAGCAGUGGUUCAGGCAUUAAUAACGAGAGUUGCCAUGAAGAUGAUGUCGAAUGUUGGCGGACAAGUCCAGGUUCUGAUGACAAGGAAAACAGGCGUUGGUAUAGGCAGGAGUUAGGACUAAAUCUUUGGCAGACAACGCUAGGAGCGGCAGCGCUUUUAGGGACAGGGUUUGGAUCAGGGAUGAUCAAGAAGGUCCAUAAUAACAACGUGCAAUUACAUUCCAAAGAAUUGAGCAGAGAAAACACCGAGAUUGCUGUAUAGAGUCGAGAA